AUGGCAGAAAACAAAAAUUCUACAACAGAAGAUAACGCCUGCAACAAUAGAACCAAGGCUUUUGUCUUACUAAAGGAAAUGGCGAACAAACAUCAAGUUGACAAAUCCCUAACAUCAGAAGAUAAGGUUGACAACAGCAUGCAUGACGAAAAAAAAUUCCUGCUCGAUUUAAUAGCUCAACUUCAAGACACCAUUGACUCGCAAUCACAGGCACAAAAAAAUACCAUGGCCGGGUGUAAGGUGAGAUUUUCAGGCCAACAACAUUCGGAAGCUGUAGAGGAAUUCAUCAAUGGCAUUCAAACAUACAAGUUGUUACAACAAAUCGACGAUGAGGAUGCCUUAAAAGGCAUAUCCUUGCUAUUCACCGGUUUGGCCGCCAUAUGGUGGCAGGGAGUGCACAAGGAGGUGAACACCUGGUCCAACUGUUUGGAACUUAUUCAGGAACAUUUUGCUCCCAAGAAGCCGCCACAUCAGUUGUACGUAGAAAUCUUUCAGGAGGCACAAGAUGAGAAGACCUCCAUGCAUAUGUUCAUCAUAAGAAAAAGAGCUUUAUUUGCCCAACUACCCGAAGGACGUCACAGUGAGGAAAUACAAAUCGACAUGAUGUAUGGGCUGUUAAACUUUAAAUAUCGUCAGCAUAUGAGACGCGAUGAAAUUCAUAGCUUCCAGGACCUUUUUCAAAAAGGCCGGGACAUUGAACAAAUCAAUAUGGAGAAGACAAAACCUAAACGUUGCAGUUUCUGCAACUAUCGAGGUCAUACAGCGGAGGAAUGCCGAAAACGUCAGCAAAAACAUGUGGGGGAGAGGAAAAAGGUGUAA